UGUUAAACUCCCUCUCUGGCUUCUCCCAUGCUGGCGGCUGGGCCUCCUUUCUAUCGCUUUUCCUGUCGUGCCAGGUCACCAAGAGAGGGAGAGGAAAGCACGGCUGAACCCUACCCACCUAACUAGGAAUUACGUGGGAGAGCCAGGCAGAUAUACUCUUCUUCACUUCGCCGUUUUAUUUUUGCCCCUCUCUCCCUCUCUCGGCGCGGGGUUUCCGACGGUCCGUUUUUCGAGAGUUAACAUAACAUUUCUUAGGCUCGAUACUGCUAACGCAAUACGUCUCAUCAAGAUGACGAUAUCCGAUCAUCUCGAAGCCUACGAGGCCCGGUUCGGACAUGCUGGCAAGGUGUUAUCGCAAGGCACUAUGUUUGGGGCCGCGGUCUACCCAGCCAUUCGCCAGGACGGCGUCUUUUACCGAUACAUUGCCAUAUGCGUUUUCUGCAUCUCCGCGUUGAUAUACUACUCCCUCAACAGGAGGGCCGUAGCUAGACACUUUUUCUUGGCCCUAUUCGCGGUCGUAGUGCCGGCCAUCGUCUUGGUGCCGUACUCUGGCACUUCAAUAUCUGUUCUUCUCGGACGCGUUCCCUUCUUGGUGGCAAUGAUGAGUGUCUUCAUCGAAGAGUGCUCCAGGCACAUCCCACGCGAUGCCGGCCCCCGACAAAGAAACCCGGAACCGAGGCGAAUGCCCUCCCCGGGCAGUUUCUAUACGUAUGAUCAAGAUCGAGACGCGUUAUUGGCCCACAUGAAUGGCGGGCAUAGAGCACGAUACACCCCGCCCAGUCAAGGAUCUUCGGAAGAUCUCUCGCUACCAGGAGAAUUCGGAAGUCUACCUUCAUCGUGCGAUACGAUGACUCGCAGCUUCUUCCCGGGCUACUCGAACCGAAGAUAUGAGCAUGAGCAAAGAUAGACUAAACAAUAGAGACUACCAAGUAGCGCUGUCAGAAAUCGAACCUGUCCUCUAUUAUCUAACCCACUAAGCUAGCAAGAGGGCUAGAAGUAAGAAGUUCCACCAAACGAAGUCUUACUUUUAACCUCUCUCGACC